UUCUGUCAGUGACAACCAAGGAAUUGACAGUUACCAACCGGCGAAUGGCAUUGAAGACACACUCGUUUCACCUCGUGGCAAUGAUUUUCGUGGCAGUGAUUUUUGCAAGGGAACAAGUUGAGUUGCCGGUUUUGGGUCUGGUCUGCGAGCUUCCAGCAUACUGCGACUUGUGGUUUCGGCUUUGGUACGGACUGGCGUAUCAUUGCGGCUUUGAGCUGAGCUAUGAUGGCCUACGCACGGAUGCCUGCGGAGGACUGGGUUUGCAGAUCCAUACCUCCUAGACAGCAGCGCGACUUGAUGCAGAAGGUCAGGCAGUUCCGGUUGCAUGUCUACCAUGGAUGUAGUUGAGACCGCCAAGAGAUCGGCCAAGCCAUCAGGCUGAAGUCCAAUCAAGCAGCUAGGUUUGGCCGGUUCACGAUGUUCGACUUUGCUCAGCAGAUUCGGGACUUUGACUACAACGGGCUGUUGCCGACAGCAGUGGACGCAGAGAACUACGCCCUCGUGUUGACGAUCGGGGUGGCGAGGAUGCUUGCAGGAGGUGUGGCGGCAGCCGUCCUCACCUAUGCGGGGAUAUUGCUGCUGGCGUGGGUAGGCUUCUGGGACGUCCAGCGCCAUGAAGACGUGGAUCUGGAGGAAAAGGUAAUGACAUGGAAGCAGGUGGACGUCAGCAAAAAGGAGAAGAACAGCGACUUCACGGGUCCAAGGCUGGAGUGUCCAGUUGACAUGUCCCGCUUUGAGAUGAGUAACUUCAUCAUGGACCCAAAGGACAAACCUUUGCUCCAUAUGCUGAUGGCUAUGGUAAGCAUCUUGGUGCCCAUGGCAGCACUGGUGUACAUCCUUUUCAUCCAUGCCAACUUUUAUGUUGCCUGUGCUUAUGGCUUCGGUGUCUUUCAGUUUGUCCGUAUCAACUUCUUCAUGCAUGGCAUGCUGCACUUCCGUCACUUCACGUCCCACCGGCCACUCUUCCAGUCCAGGCUUUUGCGACUGCUUCCCAGCAUCUUCCUGGACCCCAUCAUGGGCAUCCCACCUCUGGUGUUCCUCCUACACCACCCACUGAUGCACCACCUCCAAAACAACGGUCCUUAUGACAUCUCCAGCACGGAACAGUACGAUAGGGACAGCUGGUUUGCUCUUGCAAACUACUGGUUCCGAUUCCAAAUUGGGGCCUACAUAGAGCUUCCCUACUAUGCUGCUCGGACUGGCAAGUGUGCAUGGUUCUUUGCAACGGUCACAGUCAUCGGAGGCUUCUUUUUCUUGCUGCAGCACAUGGCAGAGAGGUACUCUGGCUGGGCCACAUUUUGCGUUUUUGGCAUGCCCUGGCUGCUGGAUCACGCCACCGAUGCCGUGCGCAAUUGGUGCCAGCACGUUUUUGUGGCUCAGCAGUCGCACGUUCCAAUGGAGACCUUCUUCGAACGAAACUGCGCUCUGGCCUACAACCUUGUCGACAGCUUGGAGAACCGCACACAGUACAACGAAGGCUACCAUGUCAUCCACCAUGCUUUCCCCAAAUGCCAUUGGAGCGAGAAUCCAGACACAUUCUACAAGAAGGUGGAGGAAUUGAGUCGCUAUGAGAAAGAUCUUUGGCUGCUCACCUUCAUCAACAGCUCCAUUUGGGAGGUUUGGUGCCAUGUGGCCAGUAACAAGUUGCCGCAGCUGGUCAAGAACCACUUUGUCCACAUCCCCACCGCAGCCCGCCCCGACCCCCCAACCAUUGGGGAGGUGGUCAAAGAGCUGAAGGCGCGCUUGCACCGAGUGGAUCAGGUGGCCGAGAAGGUCGACUCACAGGUGGCGUUGAUGACUCCGUAAUUCGCAUAGACCGGUGCCAAGAUGGGCACUGUGUUCAUGGUUUGCGUUUUCAAUGCAGGACACAGCAGGAUACACACAGAUGUUCCAGGAUGUGUUCAUGCAUGGAUCAGCAUUGGCAUUUAUAUAUUGAUUGAGACAUGCCGAUUUUCCCUAAUUACGUGCCAGGAAUGCCAACACAAAAGUUGUUGCGCACCUGCCAGCACCAAGUGGGUGUUGCUCGUCGACUGACCCACAUUAGACCAUACAGAGCAUGGAGGAUGCUGCCGGUUGUUGUAGCAUUGUCCUCGAAAGAAAUACAGAG